AGCAAAACAUGUACACGUUCAUUCAGACGUCCACGCUUCCUCUGUAUUACUUUUAUAUUUAAAAACAAUAACAGGGACAUGGAGAUGUUUGCUGCUCCUGCGGAAGAGUUGGUGAAGCAGUGGGAAAGUGAGCAGGCCCAUCUCAGGCAGCAGGUGGUGGAGGAGGACACUGAGGAGUGGCAGAAGAGUCCAGACUUCUCUGGCCUGGAGCGUGUUGGAGGAGUGGAUCUCUCCUUCAUCAAAGGGGAUGAUGUGAACGCCUGUGCUCAGCUGGUGGUGCUCAGCUACCCUGACCUAGAGGUGCUGUAUGACGACAGUCAGAUGGUGACCCUGACAGCUCCGUACAUCGCUGGUUUCCUGGCAUUUAGAGAAACCCCGUUCCUCCUGGAGGCUCUGCAGCGGCUGGAGAGAAACCAACCUGAACUUCUUCCCCAGGUGGUGUUUGUGGAUGGGAAUGGUCUCUUCCACUACAGAGAGUUUGGCCUUGCCUGUCAUCUUGGAGUGCUGUCAGGGCUGCCUUGUGUGGGUGUUGCCAAAAACCUGCUGCAGGUUCAGGGUGUCUACAAGAACGAAGAACACCAGUCACAGAUAGCUGCUCUGCAGAAAGGAGGAGACAGCUUCCCACUCUCAGCCGCCUCGGGCAAAGUGCUCGGAAAGGCACUGCGAAGUUCCGAUAAGAGCUCUAAGCCUGUGUACGUGUCUGUCGGCCAUAAGAUCAGCGUGGACACUGCUGUACGCCUCACACACUCCUGCUGCCGCUACAGGGUCCCUGAGCCCAUCAGACAGGCCGACUGUCGCUCCAGGGAAUACCUUCGGAUACACUUCCCAGCUGCAGAUACAUGAAUCACAAAAUGAGGCUACCAAAGAUGCAGCAGAAGACCUCAAGAGCCCGGGCGACAGGCAACCAAACAACCCUCAAAUUCUUUUAUAUUUUUAUACAUUUUUGUGAGAGAGCAAUGAUGUGUUUCUAGACUUUUUUUGCAUAAGUGAGAAAAACUGAGCAUGAAGUGUAACUUUUAUGUACUUUUAAAAGAGCAGCUGUUUUAAGGCCAAGUCAGAAUCUGAUUAUCUGUUUCUUUUUAUACAGUCGCUCCACAUUUAACAGGAUAUGGGUCACAGAGACUCUUUUUAUACACUCUUCUCAUUACAUUUUUGGGUCACUCAGCUUUUUACACUGUGAGCCCUAUAAAUAAAUCAUAAAUGUCCCUGAUGUACUUCAAAGUGAUGGUCAUCUCUUAACAAGUCUGGGCUUUGUGAAUUAUGCCUUAUGUUGAUCUAUACAGAGACACGGCCCCAUAUGGCUGUGUAUGGAAAUAGCAAACAAUGUGACAUACACGCAGUCACAGACCGCGGUGUGUCGUUCCCUGAGUGUCUCUCUUUAUAUGAGUCAGGCUUGGCAACGGCCAGCGCUGUGCCAGGCCGGUCCCAGCGAGGAGAGCGGAAAAGGAGGGAGUGUGGGAGAGGGGCUGACUCUGCAGGGAUGAUGUCCAGGAAUAGAAGUGGUCAGAUGGGGCAGUAUUGAUCAGCAGGUGGGGUCAGCAGAUCAGCUGGUGGAGAACGUAGACGGGUCCCACGUCACAAAGACGUACACAGAGUACAACACUGGGCAGAAAGUGUUCUUAUAGUAAAGACAGAUUGUGACAUUUGAGGAAGGACAGCAGGUUCUUACUGGGUGUACUCUUUAAAACACUGUGAGGAAUUCAUGUAGAUUGUUGGUAAAUGAUCAAAAGGAAAUCUAAAGCUACUUAAAUAAGAAGUUUUUUACACAUAUUAAUGGAUUUGUUAUUGCUUGACUGAAAGUUCACUGACUUGACAAUGGAUUACCAGUUAGCACACUGUACUAACAGCUAAAUACACCAAAUAGUCACUUCAUUAGGUACACCUGUUUAACUGCUCAUUAAUGCAAAUAUCUGAUCUACCAACCACAUGGCAGCAACCAAAGUAUUAAGGCAUAUAGAUGUGGUCAAGACAAUGAGCUGGAGUUCAAACCAAGCAUCAGAAUGAAGUGGAAAGGUGAUGUAAGUGAAUUUGAGUGUUCCAUGAUUGGUAGUGGUCUGAGUAUUUCACACCAAACUCAUCUCUAGGGUUUACAAAGAAUGGUGCUAAAACAAGAGACUAUCCAGUAAGCCCAGGUUAUUAUACAGGAGCAUAUAAAAGAAAUUAGAAUAUCAUGUUAAAGUUCUUUUUUUCCUGUGAUGUACUUCAAAAUGUCACAGUUUUAUAGAUCAAUCUAACAAAGUGAAAUAUUUCAAGACCUUUUUUGUUUCAGUGUUGAUGAUUACGGCUUACAGCUCACAAAAAUCUAAAAUCCACUAUCUCAAAAUAUUAGAAUAUUGUGGAAAAGUCCAAUUUGCAAAGUUUUCCUGGGCCUUUAUUGUCUCACUCCAGUUCAGUACACACACAACCACAAUCAUGGGGAAUACUGAUGACUUGAUAUAUGUCUAGAGGACAAUCAUUGUCAUCCUCCACAGGGAGUGUAAGCCACAGAAGGUCACUGCUGAAAGGGCAGGCUGUUCUCAGAGGCUGUAUUAAAGCAUACUCAUGGAAGUUGAUCGGAAGAGAAAAGAAUGGAAUGAAAAGGUGCUCAAGCAUCAGGGAUGAGUGCAGCCUUUAGAGGAUUGUCAAAUAAAGCAGAUUCAAGAGCUUAAAGGGAGCUUCACAAGGAGUGGACUGAGGCUGGAGUCAGUGGAUCAAGAGCCACCACACAACAGAGAAAAAUUACUCGACCGUUGCUCAGUGGUCCAAAGUCCUGUUUUACAGAUAAAAGUAGAUUUAAAUUUCAUUUGGAAAUCAAGGUCCCAGAGUCUGGAGGAAGAUCAGAUAGACACAGAAUGAAGUCCAGUGUGAUGGUUUAGGGUCAUCUGCUGCUGUUGGUUCACUGGUCUUUAUCAAGUCCAGAGUCAAAGCUGUCAGCUGUCUACCAGGAGAUUUUAGAGCCUUUCAUGCUUCCAUCU